AUGUCUCUCGCACUCGAGCUUCCCGAGAUCCUGUACAGGAUUGGCCUCUACCUCGACGCAGACCAAGUCCUCGCCUGCUCGCUCGUCUGCCGAAUCUUCUACAACGCCUUCUCGCCUCUCGUCUGGAAUGACCUUCAUUUCAGCCUAACCAUCGAACAACUCCGGCUCAUCCGCGAAAAGACCCCCCUGGCCCGCAAGAUCUCCUUCCGCCACCUCUUUGAAAGCAACGAACUCGAACGGGAUACUCAGGAACUGAUUUCGAUCCUCCAGGACCGAGCCCCCUGGAUGCGCUGUCUGACGAUCCAUCAGCACGAGUCUGUUCAGCAGUUCUCGUCUUUCGGUCCGGGGUGUAAUCGGGUUGAGACCAUGUCGAUUGAGGGGAUUCCGCUGGUGGGCGAGCAUGGCGAUCAGACGUAUUGGAAGAGUUGUAAGGCCCUCUUGCGACAGAACCGGCCCGACUUGCGUUCGUUGUCGUUGCAGAAUUGGAAAACGCAGUUGGAGAAGCCGGCUCCAGGGCAGCCGGUUUGGAACCCGAUUUUGGCGUGUACGCAGCAUCUCAAUUUGACGUCACUAAGUCUUGUGCGGUGCAAGAUCCGUGGGAAGCAUUUGAAGGCGUUCUGGACUAUUAGUGCGCGGCUGGAGGCGUUGGAACUGGAGGAUGUCGAUAUGGACCUGACUUGGAUACCCUCAUCGCUUAUCAAGGACAAGGAUAAGGAAAAGGAAAAGGAAAGGGGGUCUUACAACUCUGCUACCAACAACACCUCCAACAAUAACUAUCAAGCAGCCGCACCGACAAGACGAGCACUCCCUCCUCCAGACCUCCCACCUCGGUUCCCCAAACUCAAGGAGUUGACGAUCCGUUACCUAACUUGCUACCAUCCACUCUCACAAUUACAUUGGCUGGUCGUCCCAUGCCCUUCUCUCCGGACCCUUACCUGGAUAUUUGAUCGGCAUCGCCAUUUCCCAACCCAACCUUUCAUGGACGCCUUUGACGACACCCCGGACUCGCCCACGGCCUGGCCGCAUCUAGACUCGAUCACCAUUCGUGGACACUGCAACUGGAUCUCGGACCAAAACCACCUCCAUAUCCUGACCUCUGCACGGCAACCUCUACGUCGUCUGGAUAUUGUCCACAACUCUAUCCAGCCGGGGUCGUUUGAAAUGCUUCGGACUCGUCACUUUUCGACCAUCCAGACGAUCGAUUUGACACUCUCUGCGGCACAUCGUGCCAGCGAGUGGGUCAUUGUAGUGCUUGAGUCUUGUCCCAGUCUGGAACGAAUCAAGGCCAAGGUCAUAAGGGGUCGGGAUAUCAUCAAGAGCAAACCUUGGGCUUGUCAGGGACUCCAGGAAUGGAUCAUAGUGAUCGACAUGGACUUUGAUAACCUCCGCAUCGAAGAGGAUCCUACAUCUACUACGGCCGCAGGAACAGGAUUAUCAGCAGAAGUAGGAUCCAACAACCUUGCCACUGCCAUCCCUCCACCCACAGACCUCCCAAACCCUGUCUCCCCUCCAACACUCAACGGCCCCACCCGACGCCUGACAAAACAAGAACGCCAGGCCUGUCGAGCCGUCUACAAACGCUUCAGUACCUUAACCCGCCUCCGAGAAUUCGACAUGCUCAACCCUCACUCCAUCGGCUACCCCCCCACCCCAGGCAUACCCGGCCACACGACCCACUUCAACCCUAACCAUCCCGCCUACCGAAUCAUCUCCUUGCCCCUACGACUCGACUUGGGUCUUCACCACCUCUCCAACUUGACGCUUCUUGAAAAAUUCUGUUUCUGGAACGGGCACACGCAGGUUCAACACAAGGAGGUGGAAUGGAUUCUAGGGAACUGGAAAAAUUUGAAGCAGUUGUCGGGAGGGUUCAGUAUCCCGGACCGGAUGAUUAGGAAGGUUAAUACGGAGUUUUCGUGGCCGGUUGUGUUUAUGCCUAUUUUGAAGGAGCAUGGGAUUUCGACGGUGGGGAGCCAAUACCAGCAUUAUGAUGACUCUGCAGAGAUCCUUGCUGCUAAGGCUGCAAUGGGUGGGUCUUCUCAGGAGCUGGAUGAAGAUUAUAUCGACUCUGACGAGGAUGAACGAGAGCCCUGA